CUGUUGCAGUCACCAAAAAGUACGGUAUGGAUUCAGUAGCCCACUGCAGCCACCCGUCAUAUUCGUGUAGUGGUACUAGUAUAACUUUUGGAUCUGGCUUUGUUCAAGUUCAUCAGGAAAAAUUGGGGAACAAGAACGGGGAAAAAAAAAAACCCUUUGUCCUGUCCAGGUCCUCAAGGAAAAAUCAGAAAAUUGAGGAAGACACGACACCUUUUGCUGUAAUACAACACGUGCCUUCAAACAGCAUCGCUGGAUUUAGUUCCUGACUAGUUUCAUCUCAACUCACCCAGCAGUCUGUCUGUCUGUUAUUCUGCCAGUGGCCCAAAGUCACAAAGAUAAAACCUUUAAUGAAAAAAAAAGGAAAAGCGACAAUUUCACAAAGAAAAGAAGACAUUCAGUUAAAAUAUUUUGCUUAAUGACUAUACGAUACUGUUCCCAAUUUAUCUCAUCAUCAACUUCUGAUCUCAAAUAAGUCAACAGAAACAGAAAAAAGAGAACAAACACUCUCCUAUUCCUAUGGCAGCUGCAGCACUUUCAUUAUCUCCUUACUUAGAUCCCCGACAACAGCACUUACAUACCCACCUUAACCCCACCAAAGGCCUUCCCUUUCCUUCUUCCAGAAACCCUCUUCUGUCUCUCCACAAACUUGACCGUUACAAUUUCAAAUGUUCUCUCCCUUCUUCUUCCUCCACCAACUCAGUUACGCCAGCUCAGCACUACUCCUUUCUUGAUGACCCUUUUAGGGGAAGCCGUUUUUUAACCAAUGAAGAGCUUGAAAAGCUCAAAGCUUUGGAGUCUUUUGUUUAUCUUCAAGAGUUGGAAUCUGGGUCGUUGUGGGUUCGUGCCAUGAGGGCCGAGGAGAUGGAUUUGACUGUUGGGUUGUUGGCCGAGUCAUUUGCUGAGUCAAUGUUGAUGCCUUUGGGAUAUGAGGCUUUGUUGAGGUUCUUGGUCAAGCAGUAUUUGAUUGAGAGAAGAGCUGUGAUGCCACAUGCUGUGACUCUUGUUGGGUUUUAUAGAGAGAAUGGACGGAGAGGAGAGGAACUGGCUGGGACCGUGGAAAUUUGCCUUGACAAAAGGGGUGCUAACUCUUCUCCUCCUUCACCUACCCCUCCCAAGAAUUCGCCUUAUAUUUGUAACAUGACAGUCACAAAGCAGCUCAGAAGGAGGGGCAUUGGAUGGCAUCUUCUCAAGGCAAGUGAGGAACUAAUAUCUCAAAUGACUUCUUCAAAAGAGGUGUACUUGCAUUGCAGAAUGAUUGAUGAGGCUCCAUUCAACAUGUACAUAAAAGCAGGAUACAAUGUUCUUCAGACAGAUAGUAUCUUUAUCCUGUUGACAUUACAGAGACGUAAGCACUUGAUGCGCAAGAAACUUCCUGUUUUUAACAAUUUAGCAGAAUCAGAUAUGUCAGACUCUGGUGAGGAACUUCCCUCAUAAAUGGAUAAGUUGAAAUCAUUCUGUAAUUGUAAUCUUUUGAGCUACAUGCAGUUACAGUCACGCAUAUAACCCGUAUGUUUAUCAUGCUCUAUUGAAACUCUUGUUCCCUCUUCUCUUGUUAAUCACUAUUGUACAGCUGUUAAUUUUUGCUGCU